AUUCAGCUGUCAGAAACCGUCAUAACAAAGUAGUCUGCUGAUUUUUAUGAACAAACUUUGCAUUUGAAAUAAAAUUAUUGUUAAGAUUGUUUUUUCAUCAAAAUUAUAAACACCGAAAACUGUCCAAUGAGAUGGGAAGCUUAGAAGAAGCAUGCAUCACUGGAUUUCUUUGCCGUUUGUGUUCCCAAAUUCACAGAUCGGUAAUAUUCAUCUACGGUGCGGAAGGAAAGGAACACAAACUGGAACAAAAAAUCAACAAUUAUUUGCCCGUUAAGAUUGCUCCAACUGAUCCUCUACCGAAGACUGUUUGCGAGGGAUGCAUGAAGAAAGUUAUACAACAUCAUGGAAUGAUAAAGAAAAUUGCCGAAACGCAGAAGAAAUUCAAAAAAAUGCGAGAAGAGGAAAUGUUACUUCGCCAACAAUUGAACGGAAAUAAUGCCAAUGCUACCGGACAGCAGCCUAACCAAAACAGCGUGUCAUCCGGAAGCGGAAAUACCAAUAAUAUUUUGAAUCCCGCACCUUCACAGCUAACAUCUUCUACACCGGCAGUUGCAUUUUCAGCAGCUGCCAAUACACGAACUUCGGCUACUAUCAGUCCUAAUCUGAACCGUAGGAUAACACGAUAUGCCCUUCGGAUUCAUCGGCAAUUGAACAAUGAUGUAAAUAAUUAUAUUGAAAACGUUGGUAGCAGCUCAUCAUCUUCAUCAGAAGAAGAAAGUGAUAGUGAUAGCGCGGACGGGAAUUAGUUACACGAGAUUAUUAUUUAUUAUUAAUAGAUACCUGUAAUUCCUUCUGUAUUAAAAUUCGUCCUAACAUCGAGCUGUACAUGACAAAACGCAACAUAUUUGCCAAGUAUUUGCUUGAAGUGAUGGUAUUCUUUGCAUACUAAAAUUUUCAAUUUAUGAAACAAAUUGAAAACAAAAUGUGUAGCAAUGUUCAUUGCGAUGAUGCUCGAAACAGGACUAUCAAGGAAUAAUAAAUUAUAAGUGACAUUGACUAUUGAAAAAUAAAAUAUUCUAUUUAUCCUA